AUGACACCAAAAGAGGGUCUGUUCCAGGCACAGACGUCUCGCUACCUCAGUGAGUUUGAAGAGCUCUCUAUACUUGGAAAAGGAUCCUAUGGCAAAGUCUUCAAGGUUAAAAACAAGCUGGAUGGACAGAAGUAUGCUGUGAAGAAAAAUCUCAUCAACAAUGUUUCAAGGGAAGACUGCAUGAAGGUUCUCAGAGAGGUGAAAGUGUUAUCCAGUCUUCAGCACAUCAAUGUAGUAGGCUACCACACUGCCUGGAUGGAGCAUAUCACACAUGCUUUUACUAAUCCUUAUGGGGCUGUGGACACGAAACAAACCCUCAGCAUUCUACAUAAAAUACUUCAAGGUGUAGAAUACAUUCACUCUAGAGGAAUCAUGCAUAGAGACCUGAAGCCCAGGAAUAUUUUCCUGCGUGGACAUAACUGCCAUGUGAGGAUUGGAGACUUUGGACUGGCUUGCAGGGAUAAAAUGAUGGAUGACAAAGAAAAACCACCCUCCACCUCACAGAACACUGGUUCCUCUCAUACCGCUGGAGUGGGGACAUUUGUUUACGCAGCACCUGAACAACUGGAGGGUUCCCACUAUGAUUCAAAUUCAGACAUGUACAGUAUAGGAGUGGUGGCCCAGGAGCUGUUCCAGCCCUUUGGGACAGAGAUGGAGCGUGUUCAGACGCUAGGGGACCUCCGAGGGAAGGUCCCAGACUCCUUCUCCCAGCGCUGGCCUGUCCUGGCCAAGUACAUCACACUGCUGACUAGCAGAGACCCCAAUCUAAGACCCAGCGCCACACAGCUGCUGCAGAGCAAGCUGUUCAGCAGCAAAGACAUGGUAUGGAUGACUAGGCUGGCUGGGAAUGAGACUGAUUGUUUAAAGUUUUAUUAGUCAUAUGUACAGGAUACACAUAGUAUACGCCGUUGAAUGAAAUGGUUACUUGCAGGUUCCUUCUUGACAAUGCAACAACAAUAAGAAAUAAUAAAAGAUAAGAAUACAAA